CUACUAUAUAAAUCAAAGGCAUCAUGCUUCAUGCUUCAUUCCAUUCUUGGUACUUAAUUUCAAUAUCCAUUUAAUUACUCUUUGAAAAUGGUGGGAAGUGUUGAUGUUUGGGGUACUGUUGAUUCAAGCAUGAAUGGAGCAGGUGUAGGGGGAUGUUUGAUCAAAGAACUAGUCCAUCAUCAUGGCGAAAGGGAGAAGAUAGUUCUGGGAAGAGAUAUGCAUACGGUGUCGUUUGAAAUCACUGAACCAGAUCUGGAUGAUGACGUUACAGGAGAAAGAGAAGCUUAUAUGGCUAGUGUUUUAUCCAAGUACAAAAAAUCCCUCACAGAAAAAACCAAGUUCCAUCUAGGCUAUCCAUACAAUCUGGAUUUCGACUACGAUGCGCUGUGUCAGCUUCAGCACUUCUCCAUAAACAACCUGGGGGAUCCGUUUAUCGAGAGCAACUACGGAGUGCACUCGAGGCAGUUCGAGGUUGGUGUUUUGGACUGGUUUGCAAGGUUGUGGGAACUUGACAAGAACCAGUACUGGGGAUACAUAACAAACUGUGGCACAGAAGGGAAUCUCCAUGGAAUCCUUGUUGGCAGAGAGGUGUUCCCAGAUGGAAUCUUGUAUGCCUCUCAGGAAUCACACUACUCCGUUUUCAAGGCUGCUCGCAUGUACAGAAUGGACUGUGUCAAAGUCAACACUCUUUCCUCUGGCGAGAUUGAUUGCCAUGAUUUUAAGUCCAAGCUUCUUUCUAACAAGGAUAAGCCUGCAAUUGUUAAUGUUAACAUAGGUACAACUGUCAAAGGAGCUGUUGAUGAUCUUGAUUUGGUUAUUAACAAGCUUCAGGAAGCAGGAUUCUCCCAUGACAGAUUCUAUAUCCAUUGUGAUGGGGCUUUGUUUGGUCUCAUGUUACCUUUUGUCAAACGAGCUCCAAAAGUGAGUUUCAAGAAGGCAAUUGGAAGCGUGAGUGUGUCAGGGCACAAAUUCGUUGGGUGUCCAAUGCCAUGUGGGGUGCUGAUAACAAGAUUGGAACACGUGAAGGUGCUGUCAAGGAACGUAGAGUACCUUGCCUCGAGAGAUGCAACAAUCAUGGGUAGCCGUAACGGCCACGCGCCACUCUUCCUAUGGUACACUCUAAACAGAAAAGGAUACAGGGGAUUCCGGAAAGAGGUUCAGAAAUGCUUGAGGAACGCACACUACUUCAAGGACCGCCUCGUCCACGCGGGGAUCGGAGCAAUGCUGAACGAGCUCAGCAGCACCGUCGUGUUUGAGCGCCCUCACGACGAGGAGUUCGUGCGCAAGUGGCAGUUGGCGUGCCAGGGGAACAUAGCACAUGUUGUGGUCAUGCCAAAUGUCACCAUACACAAGCUGGAUGGUUUUCUUGACGAGCUUGUGCAAAAGCGUGAUGCAUGGUUCGGAGAAGGGAAAUCUCAGCCUCCUUGUAUAGCUUCUGAUGUUGGCAUACAUAAUUGCCUUUGUGCUUUGCAUAGGUGAGAAACUGUCACUCGGAUAUUUAUAGAGUUGUUGUGUGUAAACGCUUGUAUGCAUGAUUUAUGUUUCUUAACGUUUGUGGUAUUGCAAGCAACUGUCAAGAAAUGUAGCUACACUGGAAUGGAUGAAUUGAAGAUUGUUUAAUA